AUGCCUGAGCCAAUGAAAAUGGAAAUGAUGAAAAGGCUCAGAAAAGCGUGCAAAUCGGAGAUGUUCUCGACUAUUGUAACUCCUCAGAAAAUCUACACAAAAGGUAGGCCGCCAUGGUAUGACAGUAGAGGAAACACACUCAAGCAGCCGUAUGUAAUAGGCAUCUGUGGCGGUUCAGCCAGCGGUAAAACUACGGUAGCGGAGAAAAUCAUCGAAAAACUAGAGAUACCAUGGGUUACGAUUUUAAGUAUGGACAGUUUUUACAAGGUAUUGAACGAGAAGGAGCACGCUUUAGCUGAGGAAUCUAACUACAACUUUGAUCAUCCUAACGCCUUCGAUUUCGAUUUACUGUUUGAGGUUCUAACUCGGCUCCGUGAAGGGAAAAGUUGCGAAGUUCCAGUUUACGAUUUCACUACUCAUGCUCGAGAUAAUAAUCCAAAGGUAUUUGUGGACACGGAUGGUGACGUACGCCUGGCUCGUCGGCUUAAUCGUGAUAUCAACGAACGUGGUCGUGACACUGUUGGUGUGCUUGACCAAUACUUUAGAUUCGUUAAGGAUCCAUUCUCAGGUUAUGACCAAACAGCUCAUUCACAAUGUCGCCAUGAUCUGGUGAAUAUGAGCCAACUUCCUGAUGAACUGCCUGACAGUCUUACCAUUAUUAGAGAAACACCACAAGUUCGUGGUUUGCACACAUUCAUCAGAAACAAGUACACGAAAAGGGAUGAAUUGAUUUUUUAUUCCGAACGCCUCACACGAAUUCUUGUCGAAGAAGCCAUGAACUUCAUGCCGUAUAUGGACGUAGAGAUCGAACUCAACAAUGGCCAAAGAGUCAAAGGACGUCGACAAUGCGCUCAAAUUUGCGGCAUCGCAAUUAUGAGAGCAGGAGAGACUAUGGAAAACUCUCUACGUGCCGUUGUGAAGGACUGUAAGAUGGGAAAGAUAUUGAUUCAAACGAAUGACAAGACGAUGGAACCUGAGCUCUACUACCUCCGAUUGCCAAAAGAUAUUGAUAAGUACAAAGUCAUGCUCUUGGAUGCGACAGUCGCAACUGGCGCAGCAGCUAUGAUGGCGAUUCGAAUUCUUCUUGAUCAUGACGUGCCAGAAGAAAACAUUUAUGUCUUGUCGUUGCUCAUGUCAGAACCAGGAGUUCAUGCUCUGGCAUACGCAUUCCCAAAGGUUCGACUCAUAACGACCGCAGUGGAUCCUCAGAUUUCCGAUAACUUCUACGUUCUUCCCGGAAUGGGCAACUUUGGAGAUCGUUAUUAUGGUACUUAUUCGAGUGACACGGAAGGCGAAGAGCCGGUCGAUUGUUGA